CAAGUAGCCGUCCACAGAGGACCUCUUCAUCUUUCACUGGGAGUAAGGAAAGCAGCAGAGCAACAGCCAACAUGCCAGUUGAUUUGAACGGAUAUUGGAAAAUGAUUUCCAAUGAUAACUUCGAGGAGUACCUGAAGGCUCUCGAUGUUAAUGUUGCCAUCAGGAAAAUCGCCACCUUGUUGAAGCCCGACAAGGACAUCAGCCACGACGGGGACCACAUCAUCAUCAAGACCCUCAGCACCUUUAAAAACUACAACAUGGACUUCUAUGUGGGCAAAGAGUUUGAGGAGGAUCUGUCUGGAGUGGAUGACAGGAAGUGCAUGACCACCAUCAGCUGGGAGGGUGACAAGCUGGUGUGUGUGCAGAAAGGAGAGAUUGAAGGAAGAGGCUGGACCCACUGGGUGGACGGAGAUGAGCUUCAUCUGGAAUUGAGAGCUGGAGGAGUUGUCAGCAAGCAGGUGUUCAAGAAGACCUAAGCUGGCUCUGGUUGAACUAGACGGAUCCCCCGGCUGACAUCGGCUUAAACCAGACACAUCCUUCACCUGUGACAUAUCAUCCAACGUCCUUUUGGUCAACAUCUGUUUUCCUGUUAUAAAUAUUAUUUUCAUGAAGCACACGUUUAUAUUCCAUCAAGACUGUUGCCUUACUCUGCUAAAGCCAGUUCAAAGGGGCGGGGUAGUGUGUGUGUAUCGUGUUACAUUACAAAAUGCAAUAUCUGUCUCAGGUUGGAUGCUCUUGAUUAACAAGUGUGGAUGCAUGCAUACAGCUACUGUAGGUGUAGAUCAUCUGAUGAACCAGAUUGAUUCGCAGUGUGCUGAAAUGAUGAGUGGGAAAGUAAUGGGUGGCAGUAAAGACAAGAGAGCAAUGAUUGCUGUGGAUGGAAGAGUAUUUGAGGGUUGUAAACUACUGAUUCUUAGUCUCCAGAAUAGAUAUCAGACCUUAUGUGUAUAUUUAUGCAUCCCAAUUCCUUUGGGAAUGUGCCAUUAAUAUAUAUUUUAAAAAUCAAUCAAUAAAAUGAA